AUGGAAAGUGAAGUAACAAAACGGAAUGAGCAGGAGUCAUUGGAGAAAUUGAAAGAAUCCCGUAAUCAAGAAAAAAUGCUGGAGGAAAAGAAGAGGCGGGCAGAUAAGGCUAAGAACAGUGAUGAUGAUGACGAUAGUGAUGAAUGGGUUGAAGUAACGCAUGAUAUGAGGAUGGAACAGGCAGAAAGGGAGGCCAGAGAAGAGCAAGAAAUGCCAGGGCCUGCACUGCCCGAACAUCUACAGGCGCGGAGUCAGAUAGGAUCUAAUAUUAAGGCCAAUUACGGUAAAGAUAUGCUGAAGGGAGAAGCAGCAGCGAUGGCAGCAUACGCAGCCAGAGGAGAGCGUAUCCCAAGAAGAGGUGAAAUUGGACUUUCGUCGGCGGAGAUUAGUGAAUUCGAAAAAGUCGGAUACGUGAUGAGUGGUACACGGCACAAAGCAAUGGAAGCGACUCGAUUACGAAAAGAAAACCAGGUCUUAACUGCCGAAGAGAAACGUUUACUAUCGGGUUUUUCUCAAGAGGAACGAAAAAAGAAGGAAAUGGCGAUGUUGAGUCAGAUGCGCAAUCUUAUAGCAUCGAAACGUGUGGAAUAA